CUAAACGACGUCAUUUUGAUUGUUGACUCAAAAAAAAAGGGAACCGCAAAAGAAACAGAGAGCUUCUCUUCUUCUCUGUUUCGGAGCGGCGGCGUGAUCGUAACAGUAAUGGAAUCCAUGGAAGUAGCUCCAUCUGCAGCUUUUCAAUCUCCCUCUCGUUCCAGUCAACAACAAUUGCAUUUCUACCUCGCCGUGGACCGUCCCCAAUUCAAAAUGGAGACAGUGGUGGAGUUACUAGGAGUGCUAGGUCGUCGUCCAUGGCUUCCCGUUGUAGUCUGUUGCAGCUCUCGCGACGAACUCGACGCCGUCUCCUCUUCCUUGUCCACUCUCCCUUACAUCUCCUUUGCUGCUUUGUACAGCGAUCUGGGAGAGAGAGACCGAGCUAUGGUUUUAGAGAAUUUUCGACAAGCUACAGUAAACUGGAACCAUCACCUUAACUCUGCAGUGGAAGAAGGUUUGGAAGAGAGUGAAGCCAGAGAAGAAGAAGAUGAAAAGAAAUCUCAUCUGGUGGUUGUGACCGAUGUUUGUCUUCCGAUGCUUUCAUCUGGUGAAUCUUCUCUUUCCUCGCGAGUUCUCAUCAACUACGAGCUUCCUACUAAGAAGGAAACUUAUUCUAGGCGUCUAACAUCUUGCUUAGCUUCAGGUGGGAUUGUCAUAAACAUGGUUGUUGGAGGUGAAGUAACCACUCUCAAAAACCUUGAAGAAACCAGCGGCAUUAUCAUCGCAGAGAUGCCUAUCAAUAUUUCUGAGAUUUUGUAACAAACGCAUGUCUCCUACGACCUGAAGGAUACUGUCUAAGCGGGUUUAAUGGCUCUGAAGCUUCAAUAUGUAUGUUACAUGACUUCUCUAGAAAAAUCAUUAGUUUGUGUUAAGCUACAGAAGCUGUUUCUCUGCUCCACUUUUAGCUUUUGAGAGUUGAUUACUUUUGCAUACAACGCUGCGUUUUGACAUUUUUGUUCAUCUUGUAUAAGAUUUUUUUCUUCUAAAACAUUUAGAUAAAGACACAAAGAGAAACAGAGCGAGCAAUAGUGGACAUGCGAUUGCAGUUCAAUCAUGAUUACUAUGUAACUUUCAAAUUUAUAUUCUUGUCUGAUUUGUUUUAUA